UAUAAGUUUGCAAUCCAACAUGGCGGCAUUCGUAGUUUCAGGAAGUAUGGAUUAGAGAUAUUGUAUUGUGAUAUAGAUUUUUUUAAAUAUUUUUGAUAAAAUGCCACUUAUCAUCAUAACUGGUAUACCUUGUAGUGGUAAAACAACACGAACAGCUGAGGUGAAAGAAUAUUUUGAGAGCAAGGGAAAACGUGUAGAGGUUAUAAACGAAAUCGAUGUUGUGACCAAGGCAGGCUAUGACAAAAAUACAUUUUACGCUGAUUCGAAGAAAGAGAAAAGUGUGAGAAGUGAUAUAAAGUCUGCGGUCCAACGAUUAUUAAAUAUCAAUGAUGUAUUGGUAAUGGAUGGUAGUAAUUAUAUCAAAGGAUAUCGCUAUGAAAUAUAUUGUAUGACAAAAUUAUAUAAAAAUCCUCAGUGUACAAUACACUGUGAUAUACCGAUCGAACAUGCUUGGUUUUGGAAUGAAAAACGCCCUGAGCAUGAACAGUAUAGUAGAGAAAUUUUUGAUGCUCUUGUAAUGAGGUAUGAAAUUCCAGACAGUAAGAACCGCUGGGAUUCUCCAUUAUUUUCAGUGUCAGCAGAGGACGAUUUAAAGUUUGAUGAAAUUUAUAGAUCACUGUAUGAAGUGAAAGCACCUAAACCAAAUUUAAGUACUCAGUGUCCUCCAUUAUCAUCUACAAAUUAUUUGUAUGAAUUGGAUUUAGUUACUCAAGAAGUAGUUGGAGCAAUAUUAACGGCCAAACAAUUGGGCAUCGAAAGUGAUUUUAAAAUACCAGGAUAUAAUUUAACUGUACAAAGUCCAUGUACAGCAGCUCAACUUAUGAAAGUACGGAGACAAUUUUUAACUUACAGUAAAAUGCAACAAAUCGAAGUUAAUCAAAUCGCAUCAUUGUUUGUACAAUACCUUAAUAAAUGUUUGUCAUAAGUGUUUUGAAAGUAUUACAUUAUUUUCAAAAAGGUA